AUGAUCUUUUCAAAAUUUCAUCAAUUACAAAAAGUUCCUUAUUUGAUUUUACUUCCCAAUGAAGUAUUGGCCGAAAUUUGUGAAAACUUAUCACCUGUUGAUCUUUAUUCACUUGCGUCUACUUCUAAAAAGCUUCGGAAUUUUUUAUGGUCAACUUCUACUAUUACUCAACAAAUUUGGCGUAACUCUCGUCGAUUAUACUUUCCUCAAUAUAAAUCACAACCACUUAAAGAUAUGUCAGAGCAAAAAUAUAUUUAUUUGGCUGCUUUGGCAAAGAAAUGUCAAUUUUGUAAUGAAAAGGAUCCACGAAAAUUAAAAAAUCAUAAAUCAUUGUUAAAAAAACAUAAAAUUUCUGAAGAUGUUCUUUCAACUUGUUUAAGUUUUGGUGAACAAGGUUAUUUUGUUCCAGACGUUUUAACGGCUCAGAUAGAAUAUUCAAAAACUAUAGAUAAAUUUUCUUGGGUAACUCAUAAACAAUUGGAUGUUAUUCAACAAAAAUGUAGAAUUAUUUCAAUAUUAUUAGACGAAUUUCAUGCUGAUUCAAUAUUAGGGCAUCA